UGAAAAGGUGACAGGGAGCUGCCCCCUCUCAAGAGUCGGUGGUUGGGGGUCUGAGAAGUCACCCCCAUGAAGCUGUUCGGCUUCGGGAGCCGCAGGGGCCAGACGGUUCUGGGAGCCGUAGACCACAUCUACACGGGUUCCGGGUACCGAACCCGGGACUCCCAACUGCAGGCGAUCCACAAGGCGGCUGUCAAGGGCGACGCCGCGGAGGUGGAGCGCUGUCUGGCGCACAGGAGCGGAGACCUGGACGCCCUGGACAAGCAGCACAGAACUGCUCUACAUUUGGCCUGUGCCAGUGGCCAUGUGAAAGUGGUCACCCUCCUGGUUAGCAGAAAAUGCCAGAUUGAUAUCUGUGACAAAGAAAACAGAACGCCUUUGAUACAGGCUGUCCAUUGCCAGGAAGAGGCUUGUGCUGUUAUUCUGCUGGAACAUGGCGCCAAUCCAAACCUUAAGGAUAUCUACGGCAACACUGCUCUCCAUUAUGCUGUGUAUAACGAGAGCAUCUCGCUGGCAGAAAAACUGCUUUUCCAUGGUGCAAAUAUUGAAGCACUGGACAAGGACAAUAAUACCCCACUUUUAUUCGCUAUAAUUUGCAAGAAAGAGAAAAUGGUGGAAUUUUUAUUGAAAAACAAAGCAAGUACACAGGCCGUUGAUAAGCUGAGACGAACAGCCCUCAUGCUUGCCGUGCACUAUGACUCACCGGGUAUUGUCAACAUCCUUCUUAAGCAAAAUGUUAAUGUCUUUACUCAAGACAUGUGUGGACGAGAUGCAGAAGAUUACGCUAUUUCUCGCCAUUUGACAAAAAUUCAACAACAAAUUUUGGAACAUAAAAAGAAGAUACCUAAAAAUGACAAACCAGAUGUUGGAAGUUCUGAUGAAUCUGCAGUCAGCAUUUUCCAUGAACUGUGUGUGGAUUCAUUGCCUGCAUCGGAUGACGAAGACUUGAGUGUUGCUACUAAGGAUUUUCAUAAUCAUGAAGAAAUGAAAGAUCUGAUGGAUGAAAAUUGCAUUUUGAAGACAGAUAUUGGUAUACCCAGACAGGAAAUAUGCACAAUGAAAAAUGACAAUCUGGAAAAAGAAAAUAAAUAUCUUAAGGACAUUAAAAUUGCUAAAGAAACAAAUGCUGCCCUUGAAAACUGUAUAAAACUCAAUGAGGAAAAAACAGCAUUCUGGUAUCAACAAGAGCUUAAUGAUCUCAAAGCUGAGAAUGCAAGGCUCAAUUCUGAACUGUUGGAAGAAAAAGAAAGCAAGAAAAGACUGGAAGCUGACAUUGAAUCUUAUCAGUCUAGACUGGCUGCUGCUAUAAGUAAACACAGUGAAAGUGUGAAAACAGAAAGAAAGCUAAAACUUGCUUUAGAGAGAACACAAGAUGUUUCUGGACAAGUAAAAAUGAGUUCUGGUAUUUCCGAAGUAAAAGAUGAGAAUGAGUUUCUUACUGAACAACUUUCUAAAACGCAAAUUAAAUUUGACACCUUAAAAGAUAAGUUCCACAAGACAAGAGAUACUCUCAGAAAAAAGUCAUUGGCUUUAGAAAUUGUACAAAAUGACCUAAGCCAAGCACAGCAGCAAAUAAAGGAAAUGAAAGAGAUGUAUCAAAAUGCAGAAGCUAAAGUGAGUAAAUCCACUGGAAAGUGGAACUGUGUAGAAGAGAGGAUAUGUCAACUCCAACGUGAAAAUCUGUGGCUUGAACAGCAACUAGAUGAUGUUCAUCAGAAAGAGGGUCAUAAAGAGAUAGUAAUUAAUAUCCCAAGAGGCUUUAUUGAGAGUGGAAAGAAAGACCUCCUGCUAGAAGAGAAAAAUAAGAAGCUAAUGAAUGAAAAUAAUCAUUUAAAAGAAAGUCUCUUUCAAUAUGAGAAAGAGAAAACAGAAAGAGUAGUGGUUGUGAGACACCUUCAACAAGAAGUGGCUGAUUCCCUUAAAAAAUUAACCACGUUAGAGUCUCCACUGGAAGGUACAUCAUGUCACAUUAAUUUGGAUGAGACACAGGCCUCAAAGAAGAAAUUAUUUCAAGUGGAAAGUCAACCUGAAGAAAAAAACAAAGAAUUAAGAAAACUUUUUGAGUUAAUAUCAUCACUGGAGUAUAAUGUGAAUCGAAUAAGAAAGAAAAAUCGUGAAUUAGAAGAAGAGGCAACUGGAUAUAAGAAACUCCUGGAAAUGACAAUAAAUAUGUUAAAUGUAUUUGGAAAUGAACACUUCGGUUGCCAUGGAGACUUAAAAACAGAUCAACUGAAAAUGGAUAUUCUGAUUAAGAAGCUAAAACAUAAGUUUGAUGAUCUUAUGGCAGAGAAGGAAGCUGUAUCUUCAAAAUGUGUCAGUUUGGCUAAAGACAAUCAAGUUCUUCAACAGGAGUUAUUAUCUAUGAAAAAAGUACAACAGGAAUGUGAAAAACUUGAGGAGGAUAAAAAGAUAUUGGAAGAAGAAAUAUUAAAUCUUAAGACACAUGUGGAAAACAGUACAGUAGAACUUAGUAAACUACAAGAAUAUAAAUCAGAGCUAGAUGAAAGGGCAAUGCAGGCAGUAGAAAAAUUAGAAGAAAUCCAUUUACAGAAACAAGCACAAUAUAAAAAACAAUUAGAGAAGUUAAACAAGGAUAAUAUGGCUUCACUAAAUAAGAAGGAACUCACAUUUAAAGAUGUGGAAUGUAAAUUCUCCAAAAUGAAAACUGCUUAUGAAGAGGUUACAACUGAGUUAGAAGAAUAUAAGGAAGCCUUUGCAGCAGCACUGAAAGCUAACAAUUCCAUGUCAAGAAAAUUAACAAAAGUGAAUAAGAAAAUAGCAAUGAUCAGCACCAAGCUCCUUAUGGAGAAAGAGUGGGUGAAAUAUUUUCUCAGCACUCUUCCUAUAAGGCGAGGCCCAGAGUCACCUUGUGUUGAAAAUCUUACUAGUAUAGGACUCAACAGAAAAUAUAUUCCCCAAAGGCCCGUAAGAAUUCCUACUUCAAACCCUCAGACUUCAAAUAACUGCAAGAACUACUUGACUGAGAUGGAGCUGGACUGUGUAGAACAAAUAAUUAGAGAAACAAAGAGAACUGUUGCUGUGUUGGACACUUGCUUCCAUCUACUUUCUUCUCUGGAAUCCACUGAGGUGGAGCCACUGAGGAAGCACAGGCGAGCCCUCCCCAGCGUGUACUCACUGGUCCCCAACAGAAGAACCGCUGCCGCCUCAUCACAGUUAGAGACACACAGCAGUGUCUGUGAGUAGCUCUGCGUGAAGGACCAUUUUCUAGAUGAGAGGCACAUCUCAACACAGCUCACUGAUCAGACUCAGCAAUUCCAUUCUGCAUCUUUUCUGAUCACCUCCGUGACCACCAGGACAACCCGAUCAGGGCCCUGUCACCAGGCCCAAUCCAGCUCCAUGAUAACAAAGACACAGGUCCAGAGACAACCAUCCUGCAUUGUGCCUGCAUCUGCCCCUUGGUGGCUAGUGACCAACACAACAUGGAAGAAGCCAGGGCAGCAUGCGGCCAGCUGCCCUACAGCCCCAGAUGGCUCCUGAGCCUUGGGAAGUCAUUCUUAAAGGGGAAGCUGGUCACUUUGA